AUGGAGGCAGCGGUAAAGUUGCUCUCUCCUAAGCCUUCUGCUAUUCUGCAUCACUCGUCAAUUGUAGAACCGAAUUCUAGUAGUUUCCUCAGUGGGUUACCUGUAAAAGGCUUAUCUUUGAAACUCAAACCUAGAAAAAUCAAGAACAUCAAUUUCGUAGUUGCAUCAGCAGAUGCCAACGCAAUCAGCAGCAGUGGCGGAGGAAGGUUCUACCUCAACUUCACUGGGUUCCCUUUUCCACUUGGUCCUUUUCUGAAUAGGCAGACUAUUAGAACAGAGGUUGUGAAAGACAGCAUAUGGCUGUUCGAACAAGAACAAGCAUUAGGUUUCAGCAGUGUCUCCACAAAUAUCCGAAUGACUGUGAUCAAGCUUAAAUCUGGGGGAUUGUGGGUUCAUGCACCAAUUGCUCCAACGGAAGAAUGCAUUCAGCUUGUGAAGGAAUUAGGAGCUCCCGUUGAAUACAUUGUUCUGCCUACAUUCGCCUAUGAGCAUAAAAUAUUUGUUGGUCCUUUCUCCAGAAAAUUUCCUUCCGCUCAGGUGUGGGUGGCCCCAAGGCAGUGGAGUUGGCCUUUGAACUUGCCUCUGGAGUUUUUUGGAAUUUUCCGUGCCGAAACAUUGGAAAAUGAUGACCUGUCAACACCUUGGGCUGAUGAAAUCGAACAGAAAGUUCUUAGCUCGCCUGAAGUUGGAAUUGGACCUUACGUAGAGGUAGCAUUCUAUCAUAAGCGAUCAAGAACUUUACUAGUGACAGAUGCUGUAAUAUUUGUCCCGAGGCAGCCUCCUGCGUGUAUUAGCAAAGACUCCUUGUUAGCAUCUGCUAAAAAUGGUUUGGCUGUCAAAGUUCUCAGCAAAGGAAGGGAAGUGCCAGAUGAGCCUGUGGUUGAUAACAAGCAGAACCGACAAAAAGGUUGGGAAAGAAUGGUCCUCCAAAUAUUAUUUCUGGGUCCAUCUAACCUCUUAGAGCCCAAUGCCAGCUUUGCACAAAUGUCACAAAAGUUGAUUGUUUCACCCAUUGUGAAGACACUGGUGUUCAGCAAAGUUCCUGAGAAGGUUAGAGAUUGGAUCGAUAGCAUAGUCCGGGACUGGAAGUUCAAGAGAAUAAUCCCUGCUCAUUUUGCGGCUCCCGUAAAUGCUAGCAGGUCAGAUUUCUUAGCAGCAUUUGCAUUUCUGGAUGACCUUUUAGGCGAACGCUAUAUUACUCGGCCUUCGCUUUCCCUUCUCUUCACAUCACUACUGGGGAAAGCAGCAAGUUACUUCCCUCCAGAUGAUAUGAGGACUUUAUCUUCCCUGGACGAUUUCCUAGUUUCCGUUGGAGCAGUGAAGAAGACCGUCUCAGGGCGCAAAAGAACAUCAAAACUCAUAUGA